GAGAACAUAAUAAUCAUGGACGAUAAGGACUGGCCGUUGCAGCCGUUCAACGAAGCAGUCGAGUCAUCGGACCUCAGAAGAGAAUGGGAGGAAUGGCAUCGUUCAUUCGAGCUAAUCCUUGAGAUGAAACGUAUCGAGUGUCAGCACGAGAAGCUCGUGUUGUUACUAGCCCGAGGAGGACGCGGAUUACAGCGCAUUUUUUACAAUUUGCGUCCGGUAGCAGAGGAGAUAUACCCUGAACCGGUUCCGGUGCCGUUGAUACCAAAGGAAACUCCCGAAUACGACAAUGCUGUCUUGAGGUUAAGUAAAUUUUUCAUCGGUAAACGCAAUGUUCGGAUUGAACUGGAACUGUUUCGUACGCUCAAACAAUCGGAAUCUGAGUCGUUCAGUCAAUUUUUGUUGAGGUUGCGUACGCAGGCGGCACGCUGCGAAUUUCAAGAGCGGGAGGAAAUCGAGAUUCUUCAGCAGGUGACUGUAGGAGCAUUUGAUGAGCGGGUCCGAGAUAAAGGGCUCGAAGGGACAUUCAACCUCGACGCGAUCACCAACUACGCUAUGAACAGGGAGAUGCUUCUUAAGCAGAAAGAGAAAGCGAAGACUUUGAAGGAGGAACCAGCCGUAGUAGCGGCGGUGAAGCUGGAGCGGAAUGCAAGGACUGCUUUCAGAGGAAAAAUCAGAACCCGGCCAUUCCAGUCUGGACCUAGACCAACCGGUGGCGAAUGCAAUCGGUGUGGUUCAUACCGCCAUUCGAAUGAUGACGUGCGUUGCCCAGCUAAGAAAGCCCGUUGCAAUAACUGCGGAAAGAUCGGCCACUUCGGUAGGAAAUGCCGAGGCGGUUAUAAACGCUUUGGUCGUCGCGAGACCUGGAAGCAACCGAAGGAAGAAGCCAACGUCGUUACCUCCGAAGAUGACUGGAAUGAAGAGCUACCUCGCCGUCCGGUUCCGGAAGACAUUCAGCAGGUAAAUUGAACUGUUACUUUGUUUCUUGUGGGUUCGUAGAAUCCCAGAGAUGUUAAUGAUGUUUGUGAACUGAAUAAAGAAACUUGGAGAAUUAAACGAAAAUAACAGGGAAUUAUUAUAUUCAUUAGGUCUCUUCUU